GAAAAGCAAAAGGAGCAACAAUGGCGUUUUCUCUUCAAGAAAUAAAGCUUCCCAUAUUACCAUUUUCUAUGUUGAUUAUCAUCUCCAUCCUCGGCAGAAGCUUGCAUGCAAGCGACCCUCCUUUAACUUUAGACUACUAUGCUCCCACCUGCCCCAGUGUGUUUGAGAUUGUCAAGAAAGAGAUGGAAUGUGAAGUUAUUUCUGAUCCACGCAGUGCAGCUUUGAUAGUUAGAUUACAUUUCCAUGACUGCUUUGUUCAGGGAUGUGAUGGUUCAGUUUUGCUAGAUGACACAAUCACCCUGCAAGGGGAAAAGAAAGCUUCAACAAACAUAAACUCUCUAGAUGGAUUUAAAAUAAUUGAUAGAAUUAAGAACAAGAUCGAGUCCGAGUGCCCCGGAAUAGUGUCUUGUGCAGAUAUUCUCACCAUUGCGGCAAGAGAUGCAGUCCUUCUGGUUGGUGGACCAUAUUGGGAUGUUCCUGUUGGAAGAAAAGAUUCUAAAACUGCAAGUUUCGAGCUCGCAGCAUCAAAUAUUCCAACAGCAGAUGAGGGUCUGCUAUCUAUCAUUACCAAGUUUCUUUACCAAGGACUUUCUGUUACUGAUUUGGUAGCUCUAUCAGGGGCACACACUAUUGGCAUGGCACAUUGUGCAAAUUUUCGGGCGAGGAUUUACGGGGACUUUGAAACAACUUCGGAUAGAAGUCCAGUGUCUGAGACAUAUCUUAACAACUUGAAAUCUAUGUGCCCAGCUACAGGAGGAGGGGACAAUAACAUAUCAGCAAUGGACUAUGUCACGCCUAAUCUUUUCGACAACUCUUUCUAUCAUUUACUAUUGAAAGGAGAUGGCCUGCUAAACUCAGACCAAGAACUGUACUCAAGCAUACUCGGACUUGAAACAAAGAAUCUUGUGAUAAAGUAUGCCCAUGAUCCAAUUGCUUUCUUUCACCAAUUCUCAGAUUCUAUGGUGAAAAUGGGAAACAUUACAAAUCCUGAUAGCUUUGUCGAUGGAGAAAUUAGGACGAACUGCAGAUUUGUGAACACAUGAGCUGGCAAAUUGUGGGCUCGCUGAUAGUGAUUUGGUUUUAUGUCGUUUAUUUGUUAUGACAAGUGGUGGAAAACACAGAUUAUUUAUGUAAUAAUAUUAGCCAUUGGUUAAUAUUAAGGCUCAAUUUCUCUUCGAUUUA